CGAAAGCAAAUUUUUCAUUUGAAUCGCAUAUUCUGACAGGUGUAAUGGUAUUGAAAUUGUCAUUCAAAUCACAGUGAUUUCAGGAGCCAAAACUUGACAAAAAGAGCAUGUGGAGAAAUUAUAUGUGUUAACUAUAUAAAUGUUUUUAAAUUAAUAUAUUAAAAGCUUUUUAUUUAAUUUUACAUAAACAUAUGUUAAAUGUUGAAUAUAUGUUUUAAUUAUCUCCAAGAUGAUCUUACUUGGUUUGGGAUUAAUUACUAAUUGCUAUUAAAAUGUAAAUGUAUCAAAAGCAAAUAUAGCCUAAGCAAAUAUUAAAAUGGCAAAGCAAUAAAAUGUCUGUGCAAACUAAAUAAUAUUUAUUGGGACAGUGUUCGUCAUAUAGUGAUGUCACUGGCAUAUCUUAAGUUCACCCCUCCCCCAUUCUUUAAUCAUUUCACCAAAACUACAACAUGUGGCAGGCCCGCGACCACCAGGCUGAAGCCGUUUAGACUUCUCUUUUUAAUGCACAGAAACAGUAAUCACGUUAUACCGGGAGGAUCACAUCCUGAGAGGGAAUGUUGAGCAACCUGCUACCAGACGACACCAGUUAAUUUGGCAAAAUAAAUCUUGAUCUUAUUUAAACUCAAGACAUUUUUGUCUGUGCCUGAAUGAGUAUGUUGCGGACUCAUUCCCUCUGUUCCAUCAUUUGGUUGAACCGUGGGUUCAAGUUGAGAAAAGUGCCCUGUUCUGCCAACACUGGACAGGUCUAAGCUGCAACGUUCCUUCCCACUGCACAGGCCCACUCUGUUGGACAUGCUUAUAAGCUCCUGUCAUUAGUCCUUAGCAUUGAGCAAAACAUCCUAACGUUCACCCUCCCAAAGUUUCAUCCUCAGUCCUGUGCUCUUCUCUCUUUGGUGAUUUUUAUUUCAUUCUCUGAAAAUGGCUGCCGAUGGUUUCCAGUACAGUUCUCUGUAUGCCUACCGUAAGGACUGGGAGGACGAUAUUGACCUUGAACCUGGUGAUGUUCUGACUGUCGACAAAGCGUCUCUACUGUCACUGGGCGUCAAAGAGGGAGAUGAGCAGCACCCAGAGUGCAUUGACUGGAUCUUGGGUUUUAAUGAGCGAACCAAACAGAGAGGAGACUUUCCAGGGACGUACGUGCAGUAUGUUGGACCUGUGAAAAUGUCAGUGCUGUCCUGCCAGUCUCGUUCUCAGAGACCACUUCCUGCUGUUCCCAUACCUGAGCCAGCAACCUCUGCACAGGUUGUUCCAGUCCUGGACUUGACCAAACAGUUCACACAGCCGGAAACUGUUCCCCCUAAUCUUGUUAAGUUGAUUGAAGCAAUAGAGCGGACAGGUUUGGCCUGUAGGACACUAUACAGGACAUCCACUGCUUCAGCCUCUGACAGUCAAAGACAGAACCUCUGUGAGCUGCAGGAGCUGGACGUAGGACAGUGGGACAUUCAUGCACUCUCAGAGGCUCUCAUUCGGUACCUGCAGGAACUUCCUGCCCCCAUCAUCCCUCCCUCUGUUUAUACAGAACUUCAGGCAGCAGUUCAACUAGAAUCGGAUGUUCCUUCAAUGAGGAGACGAGAGCAGCUGUUGCAGGCACUGGAGAACCCUGCAGUGCCUCUACAGAAUCUCCUGACACUACAGUAUUUGCUAAGACACCUGAAGAAGGUGUGUCAGUGCACAGAGCAGAAUGGUCUGGAUGUUCACACCCUCUCCCAAAUCUUUGGCCCUCUGCUAAUCAGGGGACUUGUGAGUGGGCCAGAGGAAGAUGAGGGUUUUCCUGCUGUUGCAGUUGAGAGACUUCUUUUGGAGAGAAUUUGGGAACAAGAGCCAACUCCUCCUGCUCUCCCUCCUAAACCUCCCAAAGCCAAAACCAUGGCCUCAUCUGUAACCAAUGGAAACAACAGCAUACUGACUGAAGCUGAAUGGUACUGGGGAGACAUUUCCAGAGAGGAGGUGAAUGAGAAAAUGAGAGACACACCUGAUGGUACAUUCUUGGUGCGGGAUGCGUCAAACAAAGUGCAGGGAGAGUACACCUUGACCCUCAGGAAGGGUGGAAAUAACAAACUGAUCAAGAUUUUUCACCGCGGGGGGAAGUAUGGCUUCUCCGAACCUCUAACUUUUCUCUCUGUGGUGGAGCUCAUCAACCACUAUCGACAUGAGUCACUGGCCCAGUACAAUGCCAAGCUGGACUCUCACCUGCUCUUCCCCGUGUCUAAAUAUCAGCAGGAUCAGCUGGUGAAAGAGGACAGUAUUGAAGCGGUAGGUGACCAACUGAAGGUCUAUCACGAGCAGUAUCAGGAGAAGAGUCGCAGAUAUGACGUACUAUAUGAAGAAUACACACGCACAUCACAAGAGCUGCAGAUGAAACGAACAGCCAUAGAGGCCUUUAAUGAGACCAUAAAGAUCUUUGAGGAGCAGUGUGAGACCCAGGAGCGCCUCAGCAGAGAGAACAUUGAAAAGUUUCACAGAGAAGGGAAUGACAAGGAGAUUGAGAGAAUUCAGAGCAAUUCUAUGAAGCUGAAGUCCAGAGUGACAGAGAUUCAUGACAGCAAGAGGAAGUUGGAACUAGACCUGAAGCUCCAAGCCACAGACAAUCGAGAAAUAGACAAGAGGAUGAACAGCUUGAAACCAGACCUCAUACAACUGAGGAAGCUGAGGGACCAAUACAUUGGAUGGUUGACCCAGAAAGGCACCAGGCAAAGGAAAAUCAACGAAUGGCUGGGUAUAAAGAACGAAUCGGAGGACUUCUACUCUCUGUUGGAUGAUGAUGACGAUCAAGCACAUCACAUCGAGUGUGCCUGGUACAUUAGGGACAUUAAACGCACACAGGCAGAGGAUCUUCUGAGAGGCAAACGAGACGGCACCUUCCUCAUUAGAGAGAGCCAGACCCAGAAGGGCUCCUUCGCCUGCUCUGUUGUUGUGGAUGGAGAGAUCAAGCAUUGUGUCAUAUACAAGACGGCAACAGGUUUUGGAUUUGCUGAGCCCUACAACCUUUACGGUUCCUUGAAAGACUUGGUCCUGCACUACAAACACAUCUCCCUGGUCCAGCACAAUGACUCACUGAAUGUAACCCUGGCCUACCCGGUCCUCGCACAGCAGCCUAGAUGAGCACCAUGACACGAGAAGUCUGAGGAGACGCAUAUAAAGCAUGACCAAGCACAUUAUACGGAGCAAACUAUACUAACACUGAACAUUAAUGUUUAUCAUAGAAAACAGAUAAGCACAGUAUAUUAUUUCAAGUAAAUGUAUGGCUUUUUGUAAGCCCAUAGUUUUCUGUAUCAGUCAAAAGCAGCUGCAGUAAUUGUGGUAAGAUCACAGAUUCAGCACUCUGUAUUAUUUUCAAAACAUACGUCUCAAAGAGGUUGCAUACAUUGCAGUUGUUUGCCAUGUUAAAGCCCAGAGAUCCUGACUCUUAGAGUGAAAGUGUCCAAUGAUUACAGGAAAGCUUGAACUAGUGCCAUAGUCCUGAUAUGACCCAGGCAACUUCUCGCCAAUUUUAUAUUAGAACACAGGCCAGGGAUUAAAUGAGGAAUUAACUGAAAUUUGCAGCUGCUUAAAAUCAUUAUUUUAGCUGUUAUGUCACUGCUGUCAGUUAUCGUCUUAUUUGUAUAAUGUUUGGUAGUUUGCUUUUGCCAGUUGUAUGAAUAGAUUCCUUUUUAUACAAGUAGUCCUAAAGAAGAUGUAAAGCAAACAUGUGAAUUUUUUUUUUUUAUCAAAAAGUGGUGGUUGUAAACUUCAGGCCUGAUAGCUUCAAAUCUGCCUCUUUCUUAAAAGGUAGUUGUCAUGAUCCGAGCAAAUAGGCGUUAACCUUUUUAUAAAACAUUUGAGUCUGAGAUCAUAAAGACCCCAUGAAAUCACUUGACGAGCACAGUUUUCUCUCCUGUGUUGACAUAUUUCCUAUUGAAACAGGAAAUUUGGGUGGUAAAUAUUAUAGGCCUUAUCCAUUUUAUUUUAAAUAGCCAAUAGACAUAAAGGGAUAGUUCUCCCAAAAAUAAAAUGUAUCUCAUUAGUUACUCAUCCUCCAAAAAAUCAGCUCUGUAGGUCUAAAGUAUGCAAGUGAAUGGUUGCCAAAAAUGUAAAGCUCAAAAUAGCAUUUAAAGGCUGUAUAAAAAUAGUCUAUAUGAUUCCAGUUGUUAAAUCUAUAUCUUCUGAAGUGAUAUAAUAGGUGUGGGAGAGAAGAAGAUCAAUAUUUAAGUGUUUUUUUCUAUAAUUCUCCUCCAUGUCCAGUAGGUGGUGAUGUGCGCAAAGAGCCAAAAACACAAGAUAAAGAGUGAAGGGAUAAGUGGAGAAUUAUAGUAAAAAAGGACUUAAGUAUUGAUCGGUUUCUUACCCACACCUAUCAUAUCUCUUCUGAAGAUAUGAAUUUAACCACUGGAGUCAUAUGGAUUAUUUUUAUGUACUUCUGGAUCUUCAAAAUGUUGGUACUCAUUCACUUCCAAAGUGAGGACCAACAGAGCUGAGAUAUUCUUCGAAAAAUUUUCAUUUGUGUUAUGUAGAAAAAAGAAAUUCAUACACAUCUGGAAUGCAUAAAUGAAAUAAUGAAUUAUGAGAGAAUUUUCAUUUUUGGAUGAACUAUUCCUUUAAGUAGAAUUUGCUUCUUGAUAGUCAUUUUCAGGUGGUGAUGGGGAGAUUAUUUAAUUGGACUGAAAUCUGUUGUGCAAAAUGAGUCAUCAACAUUUUUGGCCCAUUUUCCCGGAAGAGAAAGACAAGUUUAUUUUAAAUAUGCAAAUGUUAAAGAUUAAUUUUGUCAACUUUAAAGUGUACACUAUAUAUAUAUAACUUCAAAGCUAAAAGACAUGGACUAAAAGCCACUAUAUUCUUCAUUUGAUUUCAUGGGGUCUUUAAUGGUCUCUGUGAGCUAGUAUUGUAGUAGAUAUUGAUGCUUUUUUUUACUUUUGCAAUGUGAGAAUUAUGCAUAACUAUAGAGAACCUUUACGAUCCAGAACAGAGAGACAGUGUGACGCAGGCAAAGCAAUGGCACGCACAGCAACUUACUCUAAGCUCCACUCACUUAAAAUGAUUUUGUUGGACAAUGCUGGUUAUUUAAAAGGUACAAGCAAAAACAAUCACAACAGACCCCUCAAUAAUUACCCUCUUUGAAAUAAGGUGAAAUUGGACACAAAUACUUGUGGUAAAGGAGUCCUUUGGUUUGUUUGGUAUUUUGUAGCUGCACUCCCCCUUGUGGUUUGACUGGUCUGUACAUCUUUACACAAAUUGGCUGGACAAUUAAGCACAUUUUUAGAAAGUGAUCAUAUCCUUUGAAUUAGGAUGAAGCUAAUGGCAAAUUUUAUGAUGACAUAGUAAGAAUUGGUGAAUUCAUGUGACAUUGUUGGAGUUUGCACAGCUCUUGGCCAGGACUUGCCUGAAAAUUGCAAUGCAUGGAAAUGCAUAAAGUUUAGUGAUUUUCAUUGACUUGGUUUUAAAAGUGCCUUCUACCCCUGUGUCUAGGAGCAGCUUUCUUGUGAUUGGUACAGCAUGCUUUACUUCAAUAGAUUUUAUUAAUCAGAUAAUCACACUGGUUUGAAUUGGUAUUCCGUGAAGCCUUCAAAACCAUGUUAAUAAAAAAAAAUUAUUUAUACACCUACAUUUCAUAACAAAAUUCCAUAAAAUUGAAUUGAGUAAAAAAACUAAAUAUUUUACAUUUUAUUCAUUUGAAUUUGUUAAAAAAUUACAAAAUUCAUUUUGAUGGAAUUUUGUUAUGAAAUUUAAAUGUGUAAAUCUUAAAAAUACACUAAAAUAUUUUUUUUAAGUCUAGAAAAUUGUAAAUGAUAUGGAAUUCUCUCGAAGCACAAUUAUACAUAUUUUUAAUAACAAAAGGAGGAACAUCUCAUUAAACUUUCGAGAAAACAUUGUAAAAUUUAACAGAUUGUUUGAUCGAAAAGCCCUUAUUUGAAAUGUUAAACAUUAGCGUUUAAGCUUUUUCACAAGGUUUGGUCUUAAACAACCAAUAUGCUCUUUUGAGGAUGUCGGUUCAUAAAAAAAACUUUUCAAACACAGGAGUAAUUUUGUCCAUUUUAAAUAAAUUUACAGGUGUUAAAGUGUUAUUCUGGCUUUAUUUUAACCAAUAAAAAUAGUCUGGCUAGCUUGUAAAGACUGAUGCAGUGUAAUAUAUCAGUUGAAAUUAAGACUUCAGUACAGCCUUGUAAAAAUUACUUUGAAAACUAAUCUUUAUUUAGUAUAAUACUUGUUAGAUUUUGACAUCCUCCUUUGAGAUUGAUUAAGUUUUAUUAUGAAUCCACUACAGUCAAAAAGUGAGGCAAUGUUUUUAUGUUUCAUAAGUGUGUCUGUUAGUAUAAUGUUUGGUUUGGGUUUUGUCCUAUCGAUGUGAUCAAGAUGUUUUGCAGAGAUGCUGUGGAGUAGAGCGUGAGAAGGUAGCUCUCAGUACAGAGACACUGGUUAUGAUUCCUUGAAUGUUCUGACUGACUGAUGUGGGUCAUUAGAUACACAGAGAAUGAGCCAGAGUACUGGAUGUGAAGAGCUUGUGUGUGAGAUAUUAAGCAGUGGAGUGGAAUCCUCUAAAUGCACUAUAUAAGCAUGUUAUGAUGCGUUGUUGGAGACAAUUAAUGAAGCUUGACAGCCUUUAUGAGCAACAUAUAUGUUUAAGUACACAUUUUACAGGUCUGAAAUGAAACAAUGGUAGUGUUAUAAUGUUUUUUUUUUUGUUUCCCUCCUAAUAUUCCUUUUUAAAGAGAGGCUAUAAUUGUAUGUUAAUGUUUUAUGUUUCUCAUUGUAAGUAAUGACCUUACACAUUCAAAGAUAAGCUAGCUUGAAUAUCUCUCUUCCAUUCAUGUUUACAGCAUCUAAUUAACCAAAUAGAGGAGGAAUUUUCAGACGCACUCGGUCUGUUCCUUCAAGGUAUCUGUACAGACAGGGCUACUUGUCCUUUUAUUGUGCCUCUGUUAUUUUAAACUUGAAAAUGUUGUUUUCUGUCUGUUUCAAACAGUGCUCCCUCACCUCCAAAUGUCUGUUUUUUCUUCUUUUUUCAGAAUGGAAAAAAGUUUCACGAUGUCUGUUACAUUGUCUUUAAAAUGCAUUUGUUAAAUGUUACCCAGAGCAAAUUACCUUCAUUCAUUUAUCCCAUAUUUUCCAUAGCAGACAUUUUGGCUAAGUUACAAGUUAUGUUGAGUAAUAAGAGUACAGAAGGAAAUUAAGAUUAUAGACUGGUUUCUAUCUAAUUUCCCUCUGUAUGUCAGACAUUUUUAGAAUUAGCAGUAGGUUAUCUUUGACUCCUUUUUUGCUUCCUCCUUCCUUAAAGCGAUGACCAGAUAUUACUAAAUGAGUAUAUUCACAUUAUUAUAAACUGCACAGCAUGACAAUUAUAUUUCCAUCCAUAGGGGUAAUGACAUGAUCACUAAUGUCUCAUUAUGUUAAACAUUUAAAUGUUAAAAAUAGAUUGCAUAAGAACGUUGAAAGUUCUACAUGCCUCUUGAUUUCAUUUUUAUACAUAGCAUCAGCCUGAUCUAUACGCCUCUGGUAAUUUUCAAUGAUCAAUUCGCCCUUCCAUCUGGCCAUACAAAAUUCUUCCUAGCUUGUUUCCCUUGAGUGAAUGAAGCUAAUGCACACCAAAGUGCCAUUGGACACAGAGGAGGGGGAGCACCAUUUGUUACCCAGUACUAUUCUACUGGACGUGUGUGCACAAUCUUUAUGUACAUCUAUUUCCUUUACUUUUUAUCUUUUCCCUCCAAUCUGUUUUUUGGUGCAGAUUUUUCAGUGAACAGUUUGUGUCAGUGUUUGUCUCUCCAACAGGUACACAAGCAUUAUGGAGGUACGGCUCUUUAAUAGGUAGAUGAAAAUUAUUUUUAAGACAAUAAAAUGAUAUUCAGUCUAUUGCACUUGUCUAUGAACAACUGUUGCUAUUACAGUAGGAAGAGUCAUGCUGAAACGGCAAUACACUACUGCAGCCCAGUUCGAAGAGUCUGUUGUCUCUUGACAAAGACUUAAUUAAUGUUUAUUCUUGGUUGGGCAUCUGCCAUUUACUUGGGGGUGGGAACAGUGACAUAUACUGUAGUUUCGAAGUAAAAAUAUGAUAUAAAAAAAUUAUUUGUACACUAUGGAUUCACAGAAGAACAGUUUAGAUGUUUGCUGACUCUGUGUCAGAUGUCAUGUGACAGUUCGUGUUCAGUCUAGUCAGCCAUUAAGAAAGGAACAGAAAUCAUGCAUUUUUGGUGAUGGUUUGAAAUCAACCCCCCUAGUAGCAUUGUUUGUGUCUGUGUGUGUAUACUUA